CCCUGGUUGUGGUUGUGGCUAACAACAGCUUCGGUGAGAAACUCUGCAAAGGAGGAGGCCGGCAGUCUGGAACUGGGAAGGAGCGGGAAGGUGGGCGCAAAGGCCGUCCCCACCGCAGCCGGGAAAGGGCGGGCGGCGGGCGGCGCCGGACCAGCGCGCUCGCCUUUCCCCCUUCCCGCCCUGCCGCCACCUGCAGCUCCGGCUUCCUCCGCCUGGCGUAACUCUUGCCUCUACCUGGCGAGGCCACGUCAGGGGCUCCCGCUCCUGCUCCCGCCACGGCCGGUCGCUCGGAUCCUUCCGCACCAUGAUCUCUGCUCGAGGCGGGGGCUCCAUGCCUCCGCCGCCCAACGCCACUGCCUAUUAUCCCCCGCCUCGCGUGAAUCUGCCCUCCGGCGUGGAAAUCCUGCGCACUUACUCGGGGGCCUUCGUCUGCCUGGAGAUCCUUUUUGGAGCACUUGUAUGGAUACUAGUGGCUGCUACAAAAGUUCCUUUGCCCCUGCUGCAGGGCUGGGUAAUGUUUGUAUCUGUGACAGCCUGCUUCACUUCCAUCUCCUUCCUUUCAGUCUUUCUCUUCAGUUAUCGAGAGAGAAUUGCCAUCGACUGGAACCGUUUGGAUUUCCUUUACCACGCAGCCGUCUUUGUCUUCUACUUUGGGACCUUCUUACUGCAAACUGCCACAACAUCUUUGCACAGUCACCCCCUUAAGGCCACCAAUCUCGCCUCCAACAUCACCAAACCUGGAGCACUUCUAGAUAGCCAUGAAUAUAAUUUAAGCAUAGCAGCUGCGAUUUUUUCCUUUGUAACAACCGUGUGUUAUGGAUGCAGCACCACCCUGGCUUUAAGAAGAUGGAAAUUAUAGCAUCUGAAAGAGGUGACCAGCUCCACUACAUCCUGGCUGAUUUUGAUACCUGCUCAAAUCUCAAACAGAGUCCAACUUGUCCAUCAAAUUGGAGUGGCAUUCAAAAGGAUGUUUUGGAAUGCAUCUGUUGUUUUCUAAAGCACUGAGAUGUACACACCCAACCCAUGCCAUAAGUAUAUACUCUCAGGGGUGGUGGUGGGAAAAUCUGUGAUUAUAUUGAGAUUGUUAUCACAGCUUCUAUCUCAGUUCAGCAGCACCAUUCCCUUAUCCCAAAGUGGGUGUAGUAUUAAGAAGCAAGGUCUUAGGAACAGAAGGGAUUAUUAUCAGUUGGGGAUGCAACAAAAUUCCUAGCUUGACAAGAGGCAGACAGUGGCCUUUGUAUACAUAUUUAUAUUCUUUCUUCGGUGAAAAUAAGAUAGAAACUUCUGUUAAAACAACAACAACAUUCAUCCUUGUUUCCAGAUGAAAUCUUUUAUUUUCUUCCCCACACAGUGCUUCUGAAAUAACUCUCUACUAACAGCAUUGGUAGAGGGCCCCAAAAUAUAUUCCAUUACGCCACAGAAUUUUCUCAGUGACCUACAUUUUUCUCCUUCCUUUCUUUCCCAGGUUCUUUCUCUGUUGUAAUAUUUUAAAUAUGUCAACUGUGCAUGAAAAAUAUUGCACUAACGGUUUCAGCUCAGCUUAUGUUUUCAGUUGCUAGGUUGAUCUUCCCAAGAACAUUGUGUCUAUACGUUACAGACACACACACACCAUCCCGCAGUAUUAUAAUACUAUCUUUAGCAGACAAUUGAAUGUUGGUUCUCUGAUGGUUGUAGGAGAAACAAAAGCUCUUAGCAAAUGUGCAAUACAUUGCAUACAGGCAAUCAAGAAAGACAACAUUAGCCAAAAUGAAUAUUGCAGUAAAACUUAAAGGUAAAGGCUUCCCUGUCUAGUCGUGUCUGACUCUAGGGCACGGUGCUCAUCUCCGCUUCUUGGAUGAGGGAUUCAGCAAUUUCCAUGGCCAUGUGGCCAGCAUGGCUAUACACAAAAGGUGCACAGAACGCUGUUACCUUCCCACCAAAGUGGUACCUAUUAAUCUACUCACAUUUGCAUGCUUUCAAACUGCUAGGUGGACAGGAGUUGGAGCAAGUAACGGGAGCUUACCCCAUCGCGUGACACUCGGGUCUUGAACCCAGGUUGUACUUUGUAUUGCAGUACUUUGGGCUAAAACCUGCUUUACAGUCCACCAUGCCCAGCUGUCUCAUUUCAGCAGGAUUGACAUGGGUUGCCAAAUUUCAGGAUUUAGUUAUCGCUCCCUAGACAUGGUGAGUCUAGUUCUCAGAAUCAUUCCCUAGUAUCAGAUUGCACCCUUUGAGUCUUAGGCCAGGCCAUUAUACAAUAGUAUUAUUUUUAAGUGCAGGGAAGAUAUUCACUCUGUAUUCUUAAAUAAGAAAGCAUGCACACCAUUUAUUUUUCAUUCCUAAUUCAGGAAAAUAAACGAGGAUGUUUUUCUUGGGUUUUCCACUUUUCCUUAUAAUGUUGGCCUUACCCAUGCCCCACGCAAGUGUCUCUCACCACUAUUUAUCAUACUGUAUGUUUAUCUUUCAAGAAUUGCAGCCCUGUGAAUUGGGAGAUUACCAGAAUUCUGGUAAUCCCAAAAUGGAAUUCCUGUUUUGGAUUGUUAAACCUUACUAGCCUUGCUCAACAGAUUAAUACUCCUGUAUGUCAAUAUUCAUACAAGCCAGGUCACACAAGGAUCCUAAACUAUCAACAGAAGUGGAACCUUUUACAAAUACUGUAUUGUGUUUCUACUUUGAAAGAAUAAUUUGUAGCAGGAGAAAAUAUUUCAUGUGUUUAUGUUCUGCCUGACCAGAAUCUAGUUGUACCUUUGCUAGAAAAAGAUAUUUUCAUAAAAGAUUGUUGUGGCUUUAAAAAAAAAAAUCUGGGAGCAUGUCCAUGAGUGAAAUAGCAAACUAAUGUCACAAUUCAUUUUCCAUUGGUGUAGUAUAAACCUGAGAAAUGUUAUGGUCAUGUGUUUGAAGUUUAUGUGCUUAUUCAAGGGAAACAUGUUUUAUUCAAUAAUAGUUUUUAAUCUAAAAAUUUGCUAAUGGUACAAGUUAAAAAAAGUAGAUGGACUGCCCAUCCUAUAUGUAGUUUACUGAUACAAGUU